GGCGGGGCGCUGCAAUGUGUCGUUCGGUCAGACCGUGCAGAAUUCGGACUCAUGAGACUUGUAGAUCGCCGGAGCAAAGAAAAAUAAAGAUAGGUCUCAUUCACAGUGUCAUUCUACCUCCACACAGAGCGACCAUGAGAGUCCUUCUGCUACUCUCCAUGCCAGUCCUCCUACUAGCCCAGCCUCCACUCUACCAAGAACCCUUUCCUUUCCUGGAGGACUAUGGCCCUGAUUAUUUCCCUGAGGCGGAAGUUCAGCAGCAGGUUCUGUUACAGGGUCCCCGACCAUUCCCUGGGUCUGAACAUCCAGGUCCUUCUGAGCCAGAGACAGAACCCACAGAACCGGGCCCUCUGGAUUGCCGGGAGGAGCAGUACCCCUGCACCAGACUUUACUCUGUUCACAAGCCAUGCAAACAGUGCCUGAAUAGCCUCUGUUUUUACAGCUUACGAAGGGUGUAUUUGAUCAACAAGGAGGUGUGUGUCAGGACCGUGUGUGCUCACGAAGAGCUUCUAAGAGCUGACAUGUGCCGUGACCAGUUUUCUCGUUGUGGCGUAGCGGCAGUGAGUGGCCAGUGUGGGGUGCUGGGGAGCAGCUGUGGGAAGAGCUGUGGUGGCUGUUGAGGACAUGGGACACAGAGAGAACACCAGCCCAAGUACUGCCCCCUCUGGGGUCCACAUCCCGCCCCUCUAACGCAGCCCUUUUCCUGUUUCAUCUUUCACUAUAUUCCACAUAAUCUUUGAUACCAAAGAACUCCUAUUUUUAUUUUCUCUACUUUUCUAGGGACUUUUCCCCUCUCCUCAUCUCUCAGAGUUAUACAUCAUGCCAAGUGGGAUCAGUAGAACGUGUGUAUGUAUAAAUACAUAUAUUAUUUCGUACUCAACAGAACAUUGAUGACUAUCACAUAACUGGUGCUAUAAAAUCACUACCACACUGGUGCUACGGAAUGGAAAUCAGCACCCGGUCAGAGAUGCACAUAAAAAAAAAAAAGAAGCUACAUUUUGAUCAUUUGUUGUUGUUGUUGUUGUUGCCGCCUUACUGUAUCAUAUAUUCUACAUAUUUGUGUGGUGAUUGUUGAUUGUUUUUACUGUACCUGUGUUGAAAAGCAGUCAUAGUACUGAUACAUCCAGUGGCAGCCACUGUGCACUGAGCUUAACCACAGAGGUCAACCACAAUACUCAAUAAUCACCUGUAAUCAUCCCACUGCCUCAGCGCCGACUGGGUGCUGAGCAGCGACAGUCAGACUUGAAGAGACGGGUGCUGACCUGACCCCUUACCUCUCUUGAAAGUGUUUUUGUGUAACAUGGACGGCCACUAUUGAGCUGUGGUGGCUGGUGACCUUGCGGUGACUGAGGCUUCACAUAGCAGUGGCAAUACGUGCUCUACAAAGGCGGCUCACAAAUUGGUACUGUACUACUGCUUCGUAAAAGCCUUUCACUAUAAUGGAGAAAAAUAAAAAUGUUUUUACUACAA